AUGAUCAAACUGAAUUAUCGGAAGCUUGCAUUGAAGUGGCAUCCUGAUAAGAACAAUGGUGAUACUGUGGCUACUUCGAAAUUUCAAGAGAUAAAUGAAGCCUAUAAUGGUAAUAAAGUCUUUGCAGUGCUAAUGGACCCUGCUUUACGUUUUGAGUAUGAUCUAACCGGUAUUUACGAGAUUCACAAAUAUACUUUGCGGAUUUUAAGGAAUGAUACUCAGUUGCAAUGGACUUGGCAUCAGUCACUCCUCGUCACCAUGAAAAGUUCGGUAAGGUUACAAAAGACUCAACUCAUAAAAGAGAGACAGGGAAACCACAGAGAUUACAACGAGUGCCCAAAGCCUACAACUAGACGAGGCUGGGAUUUUAACGACCCAUUGCUGAAAGAUCCGUCAGAGCUUGCUUGUCCCCGUAUUAGUGGGGCAUACCGCAGUGUCGUACCUGUACAUCGACACCCACGGCCAACUACAAGAUUGAACAAACGAAUCAAUAAGAAAUCCACGAUCACUAAAACGCUAACUCUAAAGCGCAUAGGCGAAGAGGACGUAUCAAGACGACUAAACGAAUUGAAGUCCACCAACACCCAUCCGAUUGCAGAGCCAGAACCGAGGCAACACCGAGGCAGGUAUACAUCCCUUGACCCAACAACUAAACCCGACCAAGCUAAUCCUCCAUCGCCAAACGAAGCGUUAACCAUCGAGACAACCAAAAGACGAGCAGAACAGAGACUCAUACCUCAUCGAUCACCAGGUCCACCAUCUCCCCACCGCGACGCCACUUGCUCGUUGUUCACACAAACCACCGUUCCGGUCUUCACGCCUUUGCAGAUCCACAUCGAGACCAUCCACGAAGGAAAGGACGGGAGUAAGGAGGACUGGAACCCACGAGAAGAAGCUAUUCCGGCCACCAGGGAACCUCCGACGAGAAGGAAACUGCCUGCGACGAAGCUUCAAAACUCGAAUCUGAGAUUCCACCACCGCCGCAAAGCCCUAAUCUCCAUGGCCCCCGCACUGGUCACCGCUUAG